CGCCCUCUUCGCUGUAUCUGUUACAUUCUUUCGCAGUUUCUAUCAAAGGUGCUUCCAGCUACGCUCCAAUCCGGCGAGCCCUCAGCAUCCACAUCGGAGUUAUUUCGCGUUCACUAGUGUUUUUUUUUUUAUGUUUAUGUUCCUCAAAAGCAAAAGGGAGGAGAGGAGCCCGUCACUUUGUUCCCGUCACCAGUAACAUCAGUAAACAGCAGAAAUGGCAGAAGCCCAUCAGGCCGUGGCGUUUCAGUUCACUAUCACACCAGAAGGGAUCGACCUGCAGCUGUCCCAUCAGGCCCUGAGACAGGUCUAUCUGUCAGGCCUUCGCUCCUGGAAGAAACGCGUCACACGGCUCAAGAACAACGUGAUCACUGGUGUGUAUCCCGCCAGCCCGUCCUCAUGGCUGUUUGUCGUCAUCGCGAUCUUGGCCACCAUGUACACUCGCUCUGACCCUUCCAUGGGCCUCAUCGCUAAAAUCCAGGAACAUCUGCCGGUCAGUGACUCUCUGAGCAUUCAGUGUCGGACGGUGGUUUCUGCCGUCUUGUUCAGCACUCUGCUCUGGUUUUCGCUGAUCUUCACCAUGAGGCUUUGUCUGAAGCAGCUACUGUCGUAUCACGGCUGGAUGUUUGAACAGCACGGGAAAGUGUCCAACACCACCAAAAUCUGGGCGGCCAUGGUCCGGAUCUUCUCAGGCAGACAGCCUCUAUUGUACAGUUACCAAGGAUCUCUGCCCAACCUGCCCGUUCCAGCAGUGAAGGACACGGUUAAGAGGUACUUGGAGUCUGCGCGUCCGUUGAUGAGCGAUUCUGAAUACGAGAGGAUGACGACUCUGGCCAAGGAGUUUGAGAGCAGUCUGGGAAACCGUCUGCAGUGGUACCUCAAACUGAAAGCCAUGUGGGCGUCCAACUAUGUCAGCGAUUGGUGGGAGGAGUAUGUCUACCUGAGGGGGCGUGGCCCAAUCAUGGUCAAUAGCAACUAUUAUGGAAUGGACUUCCUCUACGUGACUCCUACCCCGAUUCAAGCCGCCAGAGCAGGAAACACGCUGCAUGCCUGCCUCUUGUACCGCAGGAAACUCAACAGAGAGGAAAUCAAACCUAGUCGUGUGCCAGUAUUAAAUGUUCCUUUGUGUGCCGCUCAGUGUGAGAGGAUCUUCAACACCACACGCAUUCCAGGAGAAGAGACUGAUUCCCUGAUCCACUGGCAGGACAGCGAGUAUGUGGCGGUGUUCCACCGAGGCCGUUAUUUCCGCCUGUGGCUGUACCACGCCGGCCGCAUGCUGUCUCCCAGAGAGAUCGAGCACCAGAUUCAGCGUAUCCUGGACGACCCGUCUCCUCCUGUCCCCGGAGAGGCCAAACUCGGGGCCCUGACGGCGGGAGACAGAAUUCCUUGGGCUCAGGCCAGGAAAGAGUUCUUCAGCUCAGGACUGAAUAAGAGGUCUCUGGACUGCAUUGAAAAGGCGGCGUUCUUCGUUGCCCUGGACGACGACGAGCAAGGCAUGAGGGGAGAUGAUCCUGCCGGCAAUUUAGAUCGCUAUGCCAAGUCCCUCCUGCAUGGCAAAUGCUACGACAGGUGGUUUGAUAAGUCGUUCACUGUGGUGGUGUAUAAGAAUGGCAAGAACGGCCUCAACGCUGAACACUCCUGGGCAGACGCUCCUAUAAUGGCUCACGUGUGGGAGUAUGUGAUGACAACCGAUAGUUUCCAGUUGGGUUAUAAUGAAGAAGGUCACUGUAAAGGAGACGUGGCCUCCUCCCUGCCUCCACCUACUAGACUAACCUGGGACAUACCUGCCGAGUGUCAGGAGCGUAUCGAGCGCUCUCUCGCCGUAGCUCAGGCUAUAGCCGAUGACGUUGACUUCCAUGUGCUGCCGAUACAAGAGUUUGGAAAAGGUGCCAUCAAAAAGUGUAAAAUCAGCCCGGAUGCCUUCAUUCAGAUCGCGCUACAGUUGGCCUAUUUUAGGAAUCGAGGCACGUUCUCUCUGACUUACGAAGCGUCUAUGACUCGUUUAUUCCGCGAGGGCCGGACUGAGACGGUGCGCUCCUGCACCAGCGAGAGCUGUGCCUUUGUCAGAGCCCUGGAGGGCGGAGAGAGUAAGGAAGUGUGUCGGCGUCUCUUCCGCACGGCAUCUGAGAAACACCAGAAUCUGUACAGGAUGGCGAUGACGGGAGGAGGAAUAGACAGACACCUGUUCUGCCUCUACAUCGUGUCCAAAUACCUGGGAGAGGAGUCACCGUUCCUUAAAGAGGUGCUCUCAGAAACGUGGCGUCUGUCCACCAGUCAGACUCCUCUUCAGCAGGUGGAGCUGUUUGAUUUCGUUAACCACCCGGAGUACACCACCUGUGGUGGAGGAUUCGGCCCGGUUGCAGAUGAUGGUUAUGGCGUGUCUUAUAUCAUCAUCGGAGAAAACAUGAUCAACCUGCACAUUUCCUGCAAACACUCUUGUCCUCAGACCGAUUCUCACAAGUUUGGAGCUGAUAUCAAGAAGGCUAUGGAGGAUCUUCUGGAGCUGUUGUCCCCGGAGAAACCAGACCCGUCCAAAACUGAGCAGAACCACUCGAAGAAAAGCAAAAAAGACCUGUAGAGGUAGAACAGAACGCCCAUGACGGUCAGAGGAAGACAUGAGGUUGCAUAGAACUAGAAAAUAGCGUGUUUGCCUGUGUGUUCGUGUGGAUGCGUGUUUGUCAUCGCAUACGGACAUGCAUUCACACAUUUCAUGCUUGUUGUACAAAUCGAUGCCAUGAAGCCAUGAACAACGUAAGGAUGUGAAAAUGGUGGAAGCUGCUUCGUCUAAAAACGUAUUAGUUUAAUAAAAUGUAAAAAAGAGCAUUAAAAGCAAGAGGUAGUUUGAUAGCGGAAAGGACCAGUCCGUUUAGAUUUAAUCGGGUCCUCAUUUUUAAAAAUAACGAAGAACCUGAAUUAUUAACAUGCAUCGCCAACAGGGUGAUGGUAGUCUAAUGGUUAAUGAUCUGAUCAGCUAGCUAAAUAGUUGUAGGUUCGUUAAAAAGAAGCUUGAGCGAGGAUCUCAGUAAUGCAUCACCUCUGUACCUUCUGAUGAAGGCACUUCACUGCUCGUACAGUACCAGAAACCACAUCCCCGUCUUGUAAGAAUAACUUGACCUCGGACUAAAAUCAAGUGUCAUUUUACUUGAAUCCCAGAGCAGAAGUAUGUUUAAGAUUUCAGUGACUAAUGACUCAGAACAUUACACGUGACUGCACUUUUAAUGUGAUUGUCCAGAUACAUCGAUCCGUUGAUCUCACCGUUAAGUCUAUUCAUUUUAACUGUCUUCUUUUUAUUUAAGCGUACCGUCUUUUUCUUUGUUUCUUUUUUUUUUUAGGUAAAGUUAAGACAAAAUAACUUUAAAGUAUUCACAAUGUAUUUAGCAAGGUAGAAUACGGUCUGCUAGGUCAAAAGAGAGCAGUGCAGAGAAGAGAAAAAAUGAAGCCACAACACAUUUCUGUUAUAAUCUCAGGUGUUACCUUAGAAAAUAAAUCAUGGUCAGUUAAUUGCAUACAGUUCCUGUUUACUUGUACCCAAAGAGGCGUCCUCUUAACAAAGAUAAGUGUAUAGUACAAAAUCUGAUAUGAUUUUAAUUCUAAACGGUGUUUUUUUGGAAUUAAAUGACAUGGUUAACCUUCUAACGAACUAAAUUACAUUUAGGAUGUUUUCAAAGCUAAAUGCGGUCGUGAUUAUUAUGGAUUUAAUAAUAAUACUGAACCAUUUGUACUAAACUUCUACUUUUGGAAGAAAAAAAAGUAGUGUGAUUUUUAAAGCAAAACAACUAUUCAAGAUGUUUGUUUCUUCAUCAGAUUUGGAGAAAUGUAGCGUUGUUUGACUUCCUCUCCAGUGAAUAGGUGCCGUCAGAAUGAGUAACGACUUCAAGACCGUGAAAAUUAUACGUUUGUAACGAACUGAUGAAUGAUGUUAUUUUAUGUAGAUGUUUUCUACAGUAUAAACAAACAUCACUCAGUGUGCAUGCUUAACUUCUGGUCAACUCGAUAACAACAGCUAAGUCCUCCUAGAGUAGAUUAAUUUUUGGAUUACGAGCGAAAUAUGUUUAAUACGGAUUUAUUAAGAAAGCUGCUUCGUUCUCGUCGUGCUUUAAACACGAGAAAUAGAUGUUCCCCUCGGCUGUAGACAAAGCAGCUCUGAGCUUACACAAAAUAUCAUUUUCUAAAGACAGUGUUCCUUCAGGAAUACAGUGAUAUUAAAAACACCCAUUGAUUUUUAUACGCGCUCAUGUUUAUACAAGAAGCCUUUUGAAAAAUUGGUCAGUUUUGAUAUAUCGUGGCAGGUCGCCACAAAUAGAUAAGUGUAUCUCAAACACAUCCCACAGCAAAAUAAGCACCGAUUUUGUUACUCCUCAUUAGCUGCGUCUGUAGCCGGCGGCACUAACCGGAAGUUAACGUAGGGUCAGGUAACUUGAAUGAAACCGUCUAUAUAAAUAUAUAGCUUCAAGCUAAAAUUCGAGUCCGUAAUUGCUUUUUCCAGUUACAAAAGUAGCCACAUCGACAUCAGGAGACAAAUAUGCACCGAUCAAAAUUCAGUUUGCAAGAAAAAAACCUUCUAAAUAAAUAUGUUGUUAUGGAUUAUAGACUAUUUUGGCCUAAAGUUAAAAUGACUUAAUGGAUUUGUUUUUUUGCAAACAUGCAACUUUACGCUUUUACAAAGCAUUAAUUGAUGGAUUACUGUUUUAUCAGCUGCAUUCACUGCAGAGGACCCAUUGGUGACAUAUAACGAUAAAUUUCUCCAAAUCUGACGAAGAAACAAACUCCUCCUACAUCUUUGUUGGCCUGAGAGCGAAUACCUUUUUUUUGUUUUUACCUCAUUUUUAUUUUUGGGUGAGCUAUUCCUUAAAAUUACCGACAGAAUAAUUCAAAUAAUGCAAGAGAAGCGAGACCUAUUUCUAUAACUGUACUACUAUAACCACUAUACGAUCGAACGCAAUUGUUGCAUUGGAACGUUCGCCAUUACAUUUGUGAAAGACAUGAAGACUGCUUUUUACAGCUAAAUGAAUAAUAUACGCUCAACAACAUCACACAUGUACAAUCACUAUAGUCUGCAUUAACGUGGUAUUCGGUAGGAUGUGUUUUUUGCUUGAAGGCCCUUUGCUUCACUUGGCUGGACUGAGAGCAAGGGCUUCCAUACUUCCUCGUAGUUUUUCAGUUUUUGCCUUUGCAAUCCGUUGGCAGCUCUACUCUUUAUUAUCACUUGUUACGCCCUCAUAUUUGGUAUUUUAAACAAUAUAAAGUUGCCUUUCAAGUGCACGAGGUCUCGUUGGCACAACUAGGUAUGGUCGUUGUGGAAAUAUUGAUAUAUAUCCUUCAAAAAGGUCUUGUCUUUUUUUCCUGUAUUGCCUAACACUGCUUACGCUGUACCUUUCACUUGAGUUUAAACCUUAAUGAAGAAUUUUAUUAUUAUUAUUGUUGUUGUUAUAUUAUUAUUGUCACUAUUCUAAUGAUUAACUUGAAAACAGUAGCAAUGCAAGAGUUUGUGUAGUGCUGGUAUUAGUCUGGAGCGGAAGUGUUUUACCUCAUCUGUCUGAUGAAUGUUGAAUCAUCCAGCGAUCGAUCUCUUUUCUCCCGGGCCAGUACUGUAUACUGUAUCUGCCUGACUCUUUCUCUGAUUUUCUGUGAUUCCAGACUAUCUGUACAAACGCAGAGCUUUACACUCUCUCUCUCUUACUCUGGCAAUCUGUCAUUCCUUGACAUUUUGUAUGUGAAUGAAAAGGAAGAGACGACAGGUCACUUUUUUUUUUAAUUAAAAUUGUUCAAGCACUUAA